GCGCGGCCCCAGCGGGAGGCGGGAGCGGUAUAAAGUGGGCGGCCCCCUCCGCGGCCCCCUCCCUCCUGCCCGCUCGGAGCCCGCGUCUCGGCCGCCAGGACCCUGAGCUUCCUCGAGACGUGUCCAGCGAGGGCGCCCCGCGCGCUCCGGGGUCAGGACAUCGGGGCGCGUGGGUGCUGCUAAGAUGUUCCGAAGCCCCUGCCCCGCCCUCCUGCUCUGGGGGCUCCUGGGGGCCGUCCAUGCCCAGCAGCAGGAGGUCAUUGCCCCCGGCAACUCCGAGAGAAACAGCUGCCCAGAGAAGGCUGACUGCCCCAUCAACGUGUACUUUGUGCUGGACACCUCGGAGAGCGUCACCAUGCAGUCCCCCAUCGACAGCCUGCUCUACCACAUGAAGCAGUUCGUGCGUCAGUUCAUCAGCCAGCUGCAGGACGAGACCUACCUGGAGCAGGUGGCCCUGAGCUGGCGCUACGGCGGUCUGCACUUCUCCGACGUGGUGAGGGUGUUCAGCCCGCCGGACAGCGACCGGGCCUCCUUCACCAAGAGCCUGGAGAGCAUCGUGUCCAUCCGGAAAGGCACCUUCACCGACUGCGCGCUGGCCAACAUGACCCAGGAGAUCCGCCAGCUCAAGAGCAAGGGUGGGGUACACUUUGCGGUGGUUAUCACCGACGGCUACGUCACCGGCAGCCCGUGCGGGGGCAUCAAGCUGCAGGCUGAGCGGGCCCGAGAGGAGGGCAUCCGGAUCUUCACCGUGGCCCCGGACCAGGUCCCGAACGAACAGGGUCUGCGGGACAUGGCCAGCAUGCCCCUUGAGCUCUACCGUAACAAUUAUGCCACCGUGCGUCCCGACCUGGAGAUCGACCAGGACACCAUCAACCGCAUCAUCAAGGUCAUGAAACAUGAAGCCUAUGGAGAGUGCUACAAGGUGAGCUGUCUGGAGAUCCCCGGGCCCCCCGGCCCCAAGGGCUACCGCGGACAGAAGGGCGCCAAGGGCAACAUGGGCGAGCCAGGAGAGCCUGGGCAGAAGGGACGACAGGGAGACCCAGGCAUCGAAGGCCCCAUUGGAUUCCCAGGACCCAAGGGUGUUCCUGGUUUCAAAGGAGAGAAGGGUGAAUUUGGAGCAGACGGGCGGAAGGGGGCCCCUGGCCUGGCCGGCAAGAACGGGACCGAUGGACAGAAGGGCAAGCUGGGGCGCAUCGGGCCUCCUGGCUGCAAGGGAGACCCUGGGAGUCGGGGCCCCGAUGGAUACGCAGGGGAAGCCGGCAGCCCCGGGGAGCAGGGCGACCAGGGCGUCAAGGGAGAUGCUGGCCGCCCAGGACGCAGAGGACCCCCAGGAGAGAACGGGGCCAAAGGAAGCAAGGGGUACCAAGGCAACAACGGAUCCCCGGGAAGUCCCGGUGUGAAAGGAGCCAAGGGUGGACCUGGGCCCCGAGGACCCAAAGGCGAGCCUGGGCGCAGGGGGGACCCAGGAGCCAAGGGCAGCCCGGGCAGCAACGGCCCCAAGGGUGAGAAGGGAGACCCUGGCCCUGAGGGUCCCCGGGGUCUGGCUGGAGAGGUUGGCAACAAAGGAGCCAAGGGAGACCGAGGCUUGCCCGGACCCAGAGGCCCUCAGGGGGCUCUCGGAGAACCCGGGAAGGAGGGAUCUCGGGGAGACCCCGGUGAUGCUGGUCCCCGUGGAGAGUCAGGACAGCCCGGUCCCAAGGGAGACCCCGGCCGGCCUGGAUUCAGCUACCCAGGACCCCGAGGAACACCUGGAGACAAAGGCGAGCCUGGCCCACCUGGCCCUGAGGGGGGCAGAGGUGACUUUGGUGCCAAAGGAGAGCCCGGGAGGAAAGGAGAGAAGGGCGAGCCCGCAGAUCCCGGUCCCCCUGGCGAGCCCGGCCCACGGGGGCCAAGAGGAUCCCCAGGACCCGAGGGAGAGCCCGGCCCCCCUGGAGACCCCGGCCUCACGGAGUGUGACGUCAUGACCUACGUGAGGGAGACGUGCGGGUGUUGUGACUGUGAGAAGCGGUGUGGGGCCCUGGACGUGGUGUUCGUCAUUGACAGCUCUGAGAGCAUUGGCUACACCAACUUCACCCUGGAGAAGAACUUUGUCAUCAACGUGGUCAACAGGCUGGGGGCCAUUGCCAAGGACCCCAAGUCAGAGACGGGAACCCGCGUGGGCGUGGUGCAGUACAGCCACGAGGGCACUUUCGAGGCCAUCCAGCUGGACGAUGAGCGCAUCGACUCGCUGUCCAGCUUCAAGGAGGCCGUCAAGAACCUGGAGUGGAUUGCCGGCGGCACCUGGACGCCCUCGGCCCUCAAGUUCGCCUACAACCAGCUCAUCAAGGAGAGCCGGCGCCAGAAGACCCGCGUGUUUGCGGUGGUCAUCACGGACGGCCGCCACGACCCCCGGGAUGAUGACCUCAACCUGCGGGCUCUGUGCAACCACGACGUCACGGUGACAGCCAUCGGCAUCGGCGACAUGUUCCACGAGAGACACGAGAGCGAGAACCUCUACUCCAUCGCCUGUGACAAGCCACAGCAGGUGCGAAACAUGACCCUCUUCUCCGAUCUCGUGGCCGAGAAGUUCAUCGAUGACAUGGAGGACGUCCUGUGCCCAGACCCUCAGAUCGUGUGCCCGGACCUUCCCUGCCAAACAGAUGGACCGCGGCCUGGCGGCGAGCCCCCGGUCACUUUCCUCCGCACGGAAGAGGGCCCGGAUGCCUCCUUCCCCAGGACCAUCCCCCUGAUCCAACAGUUACUAAACGCCACGGAGCUCACGCAGGACCCGGCAGCCUACUCCAGGCUGGUGGCCGUGCUGGUCUACACCGCCGAGCGAGCCAAGUUCGCCACGGGAAACGAGCGGCAGGACUGGAUGGACCUGUUCAUUGACACGUUUAAGCUGGUGCACAGGGACAUCGUGGGGGACCCUGAGACCGCGCUGGCGCUCUGCUGAAGCCGCAGAGGCCGCCCGUGUGCGGGGCUGGGCUGGCCAGAGCUGCCUCCUCACAGCCCUAUUAGCUCCUGGGGCGACCUACCGCACACUAAGGGGCUUAAAAUAAUCUUUUGUUUUAAGAAAUCUAUUCUCUCUCCAUCUGGAGGCCGAAAAUCCAAGAUCCGGGUGUGGCAGAGCCACGCUGUCUCCGGGGGCUCCAGGGAGGACUCUUCCUGCCUCCUCCAGCUCCUGUCUGUGCCUCCGUUGUCCCGUAGCCUGCUCCUUUUGGAGCCGGACCCCCCGGCUCCCUCUUAUAAGGAACUUGUGGCACUUAGCGCCCACUGGAGAACCCAGAGCAGUCUCAAGUCAUAAUUUAAUUCCACCUGCAGUCUUUUUUUGCCACGUAAGGUCAUAUUCUGUCUCCAGGAUGAGGACGUGGGCAUCUUUGGCAGAGCCAUUACUUAGCCAAAAAGUAAGAGAGAAGAGCAGAGCCUCAUAAACCCAAAAGUCCUGGCUUCCGCUCCAGCCUCUGUGCCUGCACCCACCCCUAUGCAUUUUUCUCGGUCUCCCUGGUUGAUGCAUUGAGGAAAACUGCCCCCCAGGCCAGCCGCCCCCCACAUGUGCGUCUCUGCUGGUGGUGACCUGGGAGUGCAGGGGCACCCAGGCUACUUGCUAGACAUUUUCAGCAAGUUCUCGCCGCACGGACUUAAAGCAGAAGCUGCUUUUCAUCUGCACAGCCACCAAAAUAAGCUACGUCAUUAAUAUAAGCUCCUUGAGAAAAACCCUGCCCGCCAGAGAUAGUCGCUCCAUCCGCCCAUAGCCUGGCGCCCCCACUGCAUGGUGAUGCACCCAGGGGAGCCACCUUCAGACGCUGUGACCACAUCUUCAACAUUCUAUAAAGGCUGAAAAAGAGUGUGAAUGCGUUGCUGUGGUCACAUGAUGUGCUGGGGUGACACGCUGUGGCUGGGGACUGGCCUGGAGCCAGCAUCCAUGCAGGUGGGCGGCUGGUGCCUGCAGGAUUGCCCCAAGGCUGGCGCCAGGAGUCAGGACCUCCUCCUUGAUGGGAUCCCCACACUCCUGGCCCCAGGGGUCAGCAAACCUGGACCCACAUCCCAGAGUGGGGCCUGUAGGGCUGAGAAGCUGGAUGCAAGCAGGAGGACCAGCUCUGUCUUCCCCCAGCCCCAGCUACGGCCAGAGGUGAAGUCUCCAGCAAGGCCAUAGCAGAGGGGCCUGGCUGCGUGUCUAGGGAGGGUGGACCACGUCCUGUGUAUGUGGGGAGUGGGUUUUCGGGCUGUGCUGUGGCGCCCGCCUCCCCCAGAGGCUUGGCCUCAGCCUUGGCUGCAGCCUCGCCCCAAAUGCUCUCUGGCAAGUCCAGGGCUGGUGACCACGCAGAUGAGAGCAGGGCUGUCCUCAGGUAAUAGUGAGUCACCACCGGAGCUGCUGCAGGGGUCUGGCCACACCUGUGCUCACUGCCUACCAGAGAGAUGUCCAGGUGCAAAGGACACAGGUCCCUCUCUCCGCUGCUCCCAAAGCUAAGAGAGACGUGGCCCAGCCAGCGUCGGGCAGCUCUGGGACAACAGGGAGGAAGGGGGUCAUGGCCAGAUGUGGGUCCUUGCCUCCCAGGGUCUUCAGGGCUGGAGAUCUUUAUGACAUAUUUUUACUCUAUUACAAAUGCAAAGACAGCCUCCCCGCCCUCUCUCCCACCCCUACUGUGAACUGUGGCCUUUUUGGGGUUCCCUUCCUGCCAGAAGGGCCUGGAGGAGCCACUGGGCAGAGAUGGUGCUUGAAGGGUGGAAAUAAGCCCCUCAGUCCUCAGGUUUGGGGACAUUUCCUGGUGAAAGCAAAACCAGCAAAGACGGUGACAGGUUCCAAGGAGAUGGGGCGCACGCCGGCCCCCUGUGGUGGGGCUCCCGUCGAUGGGUGCCUUUGGAUGCAACCCCACAUUCCCGGUGGUUCUUAGGCUCCAGUGGGAGGGGUGUGCAUAGAGAUGGGCACAGGACAUGGCCAGGGCAGGGUACCAGACUGUGCCAGGGCCUGGAGCAGCCAGGAGGGGGCGGCCAGAGCAGGGACCCCGGAAGGGGG